GUAGGGGGGGAGGGGACAGGCGUCGUGCCUAACGGCCGGGCCAGGGUUAGCCUUAAUAGAAAUGCUGUCGAAGCUUGCGUUUAUCCUGCCGUGCGUGACUUUGCUGAGGGUUUUCAGAGCCCUCUUGAUAGAGCCCAAGCAGCCAAGAACAAAGGAAACAAAUAUUUUAAAGCUGGAAGAUAUGAGCAAGCCAUUCAGUGUUAUACUGAGGCUAUCAGCCUGUGCCCUCCUGAGAGAAAUCUUGAUCUUUCUACCUUCUACCAAAAUAGAGCUGCUGCCUAUGAACAGCUGCAAAAAUGGACAGAAGUGGCACAAGAUUGUACAAAGGCUGUGGAGCUUAAUCCUAAAUAUGUGAAAGCUCUCUUCAGACGUGCAAAGGCUCAUGAGAAGCUAGACAAUAAGAAGGAAUGCUUAGAAGAUGUCACUGCAGUCUGCAUUUUAGAAGCCUUCCAAAACCAGCAAAGUAUGUUAUUAGCUGAUAAAGUUCUCAAACUCCUUGGAAAAGAGAAGGCCAAAGAGAAAUACAAGAAUCGUGAGCCUCUGAUGCCCUCGCCACAGUUCAUUAAAUCCUAUUUCAGUUCUUUUACGGAUGAUAUCAUCUCCCAGCCUUUGCUUAAGGGUGAGAAAUCAGAUGAGGAUAAGGAUAAGGAGGGAGAGGCUUCUGAAGUAAAAGAAAACUCUGGCUAUUUGAGAGCAAAACAAUAUAUGGAAGAGGAGAACUAUGACAAAAUUAUCAGUGAGUGCACAAAAGAAAUUGAAGCAAAGGGAAAAUACAUGGCAGAAGCUUUGCUUCUGCGAGCUACUUUCUACUUACUUAUUGGCAAUGCAAAUGCUGCCAAACCAGACCUAGAUCAGGUCAUCAGCAUGGAAGAUGCAAAUGUGAAGCUCCGAGCUAAUGCUCUGAUCAAACGAGGAAGUAUGUAUAUGCAGCAGCAGCAACCUGCACUGUCCACUCAAGACUUUAACAUGGCUGCUGAUAUCGAUCCUCAAAAUGCAGAUGUUUACCACCAUCGAGGACAACUGAAAAUUCUGCUUGACCAAAUUGAAGAGGCUGUGGAAGACUUUGAUGAAUGUAUCCGAUUGCGACCGGAUUCUGCCUUGGCUCAAGCACAGAAAUGUUUUGCUCUGUAUCGCCAAGCAUAUACAGGGAAUAAUCCUUUGCCUGUGCAAGUAGCUAUGAAAGGCUUUGAAGAUGUCGUUAAAAAGUUUCCAAAGUGUGCUGAAGGCUAUGCUCUUUAUGCUCAGGCACUAACUGAUCAACAGCAGUUUGGCAAGGCUGAUGAAAUGUAUGAUAAAUGCAUUGAUCUUGAGCCAGACAAUGCCACUACGUAUGUUCAUAAAGGUUUACUUCAGCUUCAGUGGAAGCAAGAUUUAGACAAAGGUUUAGAACUCAUAAGCAAGGCCAUUGAAAUUGAUAACAAGUGUGAUUUUGCAUAUGAAACCAUGGGAACGAUUGAAGUGCAAAGAGGUAAUCUAGAUAAAGCCAUUGAAAUGUUCAACAAAGCUAUCAACCUGGCCAAAUCUGAAAUGGAGAUGGCCCACCUCUACUCGCUCUGCGAUGCUGCCUACGCCCAGACAGAAGUUGCAAAGAAGUAUGGAUUAAAACCACCAACACUGUAAAGAAAAACACAAAACAAACAAGAAGAGGAAAUGACUUCACUUUAGAAGUUGCCCACUUCAGUCAGCCCUAAAGACGCUGUUGCAAACCAUGUUGAAUGGUGGAACUUAGUUUUUCCCGUUCGUGGUGUUGUCAUUUGCUACAUCUGUUAAAUGUUUAGGUGUUGUGGGAGUGGUUGUUCAAGGGAGUAUGCACAGUUGCAUCUUGUUUUUUCUGCAGCAAAAACCUUAAAGCAUUUUAAGGGGAAAAAAAGUUGCAGAGGAACAAAUGGAAGAUACUUAGGCCAUGCAAAUAAAAACUUUAUAUUGGUUCAUUUUGAGUGAUUAUGUUAUGGGUGAUUUUUGCUUUACUAAACAAUAUUACAGCAUGUUUUUUUUUCCCCUGUUGAUUUUAAAGGUAAUACUAGUCAGUGCUGUAAAAUAGGUUUCUUUUUUAUAUGCAAUUAAUUCUUGAGGGUUGAUUUUAAUUUUGCAAAAAGGAAAAAAAAAAACAAAA